UCAUUAUGCAACCAAAAAUAUAAUUCUAACUUAGCGAAAAAAGAGGGUUAUAUAUUCUUUGGCAUUUGAGACAAUUCGAAGAGGAGAAGAAAAAAAAGUCGAAAAAUUUGCUUUUAUUUUAAAUUGUUAUUCUAAUCAAAUCGUACGCAAUGGCACGUCUGGUACAAGGUUUACGGUGUGUUGUCAAUCAAAGUUUUAUGGUUGCACGAGUGGCCGGACCACGCAACAUUUUCCAACAUAGAUGUAUGCACCAUGGACUUUCAUCGACUGGCCUUAUCGCACCAUCGCUAGUCAAAUCCGUUCAGAAAAUUCGCUGCUGGCAAUCGAACCCGCCAAAGUCGAUGAAUUCGAAUGUGACCAUCACUAGACAUUAUUCAGCCAAACAACCGCUUACAUUAAAAUUAAUUCAAGAACGCGUCUUAUUAGUGCUCAAUUUGUACGAUAAAAUCGACCCAACAAAGCUUACACCAGACUCACAUUUCAUAAACGAUUUGGGUUUGGAUUCCCUGGACCACGUCGAAGUGAUCAUGGCCAUGGAAGAUGAAUUCGGUUUUGAAAUUCCUGAUUCAGAUGCGGAGCGAUUAUUCCGGCCAAAGGAUAUCAUUCAAUACAUCGCCGACAAAGAAGACAUUUACGAAUAAAACUCCUAGACAAUGUAAAGAAACGCAAGAUCACGACUCAACCUUGCGUACAAUAAUGAAAGAAAGAAAACAAAACAAAAACAAAAAACAUGAAACUAAAAGGGAAUUUUUUUUUCUGCGAAUGCUUUAAUUUCAUUCAAAUAAAUUGGAUGCAACCUCUAAUUGUUUUCCGUAAGAGAAAAUGCAUAAAACCGAAAAAAAAGAUAUCUGUAGGAACAAAAAACUUAAUAAUAAAGAAAAUUUACCAAAAAAAAAAA